CCAAACUGAACCAGAACUUGAUAAAGAGAGUGUACGUCCCGUCGGACAGGUCCCGUUUUGCAUAUGUGCGCUAAUUAUAAGGGACGCCCCGGGUUUAAAGCAAGUCAUCUGAUAUACAAUUUAGGUCGAAAAUAAUUAACCGUUUGAGCUUUCUGCUGCGUAUAUCUUCGAUUAUGAAAUUACAGAGCUGUGACUUCACUUAGAAGGGCACACUGGAACACGGCUGACGUGGAGAAAAAUUGCUCCAAAAAGUCACGUAGGCACGCUGGUCUGAUUUUAUGAAAAGUAUACUACAGGCUUUUAUUGGAUAUUGAAAAUACGCACUGCAAUAAUAAACAGUACAGUUAAACUGAUUGAUGCAGUAAAACUUAACUGGCGGAUACUGUAGGACGAAAAGCACACACAAAGGGAUUUGUAAACUGUAUAAACUAAUUGAAACGGGGAAAGCCUUGAAAACUUGUUAUUGUGCGUGGCAGUAAUCCGAUACCUCCGGCACUUUCAAAAUUGGGUCAAACUCGAAAUAGACAACUAACUGUAGUGCGAUGUGGAAAGCCGGUUACCUCGUCUUUGUGGCUGUCAUAUUUCUCAUCGUGCUGCACAUAUGCGACGUCCGUUGCCAGGAAGAAAGCGACGUAACGCCACAAAGCGUUGGGGGCGACGUCGAGGGAGAUUCCAGCUCUAAUCCAAAGAAACACGUCUUGGUGUUCGGCGGAAAUGGCUUCAUGGGCUCAGCCACAGUUGGGAGGUUGCUACAACGAUAUGGCGAUUUUUAUGAUAUCACAAUAGUAAACAGAGGGACAUGGUAUUGGGAUUCCACUGUAACGAUACGGCCGUACGUAAGACAUUUUGCGUGCAACAGAGAAGAACCCCUGGGCCUUUGCACGGGAUUUGGAGGGUUUGUGAAAAGUGUACAGCAGUUCGAGGCCGUGAUCGACUUCAGUGCCUACGUCCCUUACGCCGUAGAUCAAGCCCUGAAAAUAUUACAGGAUAAAGUCAAAUUAUACAUCUACAUCAGCACAGACUCGGUCUAUGACGUCUGCCCAAAGUUCCACAACAACCCGACAAAAGAAAUGGAAUGCUUUCGACCUGAAAAUGUCGAACACAAGGACUCGUACGGUUAUCAAAAACUGCAGUGCGAGGAACAGCUGAUAAGCGCGCGUGAGAACGGGGGGUUCCCGUCUAUUAUUUUCCGCCUUCCUGACGUCAUGGGCCCCCGGGAUAACACGCACAGAUGGUGGACGUAUCAGAUGUGGAUAAGGCUGGCAGGGCAAUACAUUAACAAGCUAGUAGCCGUUCCUGAUUUUCUCCUUGCUAUUCCAAUAAGCAUGGUGUAUUCCGAGGAUGUUGCAAGCCUCAUCGUCGACAUAAUAAACAUGAAAGACCAGAGCGGUGUGACUGACCAAGUUUUCAACCUAGCAUUUAAAGAAAAAUUAACUCUGCCAAUUGUACUGAAUGAUAUAUCGAUUGAACUGGGAUUAGGCAAUCUAACAUAUCUAGCAGGCUCGUCUCAAUAUUUAUAUCCGUCCGUGACAAAAGGUGCUAUAAAUAUCUCCAAAGCAUUAGAUCUGUUGCGAUGGAAACCGACGCCAUGGAAACGCGCCGUCGCGGAGACGGUGAAAUUCUACGAAGAGGCAAUGGGGUGGGCCAGGUACGCCCCCCGCGAGGACCUGAUUAACGGCAUGCUCCAGGACAUCGCCCUAGAUGAAAAAGAAGGGUUCGCUAGGGGACUGAAGGAAAUUUACAGAUAUGAAUUGACUGUUUCUUCAAAUGUUAAGGACGAACUUUAAAAUGAAGCUAUGUUCUUUUAUUCGUUUUUAUUUUCUAAGGCUUGUCCAUUAUAUGUUCGCAUAUAGUGUACCCAGAGAAGUGCAGUGUAGAGGAGGGGGGGGGGGGGGAUUUUUUUCAAGAUAAUUGAGGCCCUCCUUCCAUUUUUAAAGACUGUUAGGGGUGGUUGGUUCCUAUUUUAGUUAUUAUUUAGUAGUUAUGUAUUUAUUUAUUUAAACAAACUUUCGCAUCGUCAAAUAGAUGAACAUAUUAGAAAUACAGCGUGCUUUUCUCUGACACUGAACACACACACACACACACACACACACACACACACUGUUCCACCCACUUGCUGAUGAUUGAUAGUAGAGCCGCUUUUAAGGCUAUUUCCUCUUCGCGGUUGUGUCAAGAGAAAAAAAAACGCUUAUUGCUUUAUCAAAAAACUUGUACAUGUAGGGACUAUUCUUUAGUUUAUUACAGUAUUGCAACAGGUCGAAAAAAUGUAUUAUAUCAUCUUCACAUGAUAAAAUAGUUAUCUCAGUGUAUAUUAUCGACUUUAGGACCAUAAUUUUGGGGCAGUAAUGACUGCUUUUAUCAUGUAUGCAAUGUAGUGUCAACUGUCUGGGUCGUUAGCAUGUCUGCAACAGAUUUUUGUUUUGAUAAAUCUUAACAUCGGUCAGGAAAAAUCGCCUUUGGGUAUUUAUCUGGCAACAUUUAGACUACGUUACUCAACUGAAAAAAGAAACGUCUUAAUGUUGAAUUAUAAUGACUACGUUACUCAUCAUUGAUAGCAAAUCUUAACAUUUGUCUGGAAAAUAUCGCCUUAGGGUAUUUGUCUGUCGAUAUGUAGACUACGUUAUUCAACUGAAAAAAGAAACGUCUUUUGUUGAAAAUAAUGACAACCCUAUGAAUAGAGGAGGCUAUUAGCACGGAGAAGGACCCGCAAUUUCAUGUGUCCUAGGCUCUGAUAAGGUGGAAUAAAUGAUAAAACUUGGAAUCCUUAUAAUUGUGUGGUUACUUUAUUCGAACAUAGGAUACAGUUAUAUGCGAGAGGGAAAAAAAUAAAACAGGAUACGACAUUUUUGACACUAGCUUGCAGAUAAAUGAUAAAAGGUGCCAAAAACAAUGCAAACAAAGAAAAAUAAAGAAGAGAUUUGAUUG